UCACCCCCCACAACCACCUCCGCGCGCCGAUCCGCCCCCGCGGCCAGGCAGAGGGUUUUGCUCGCUCCCUCCGGGGCGGCCAGAUCUCGCGCGGCGGCGAGCAGAUCUGGGCCGGGUCCCCGCCUAGAGAAGGAUGGCGCUCUCGGGGAUGCGGGGGCUGUCCGUCUUCAUCAGCGACAUCCGCAACUGCCACAACAAGGAGCAGGAACGCCUCCGCGUAGACAAGGAGCUCGGCAACAUCCGAACCCGCUUCAAAAACGAGAAGGGAUUGUCGCAUUACGAGAAGAAAAAGUAUGUUUGGAAAAUGCUUUAUAUACAUAUGCUGGGUUACGAUGUUGAUUUUGGACAUAUGGAAACUGUUUCUUUGAUAUCCGCGCCGAAGUAUCCCGAGAAACAGGUUGGAUACAUCGUGACAUCUUGCUUACUUAACGAGAACAAUGAUUUUUUAAGGAUGGUCAUAAAUACAGUACGCAAUGACAUCAUAGGCCGAAAUGAGACUUAUCAGUGCUUAGCGUUGACGAUGGUAGGUAAUAUUGGCGGGAAAGAAUUUUCUGAGUCGUUGGCCCCUGAUGUCCAGAAACUUCUUAUUUCAAGUAGCUGCCGGCCUGUUGUCAGAAAGAAGGCUGCUCUAUGCCUUCUGCGACUUUAUAGGAAGAACCCAGAUGUUGUGAAUAUCGAUGGCUGGUCUGAUCGGAUGGCACAACUUCUAGAUGAGCGUGAUCUAGGUGUGCUGACAUCUGUCAUGAGCCUUUUUGUCUCACUAGUAUCUAAUAAUGCUGAAGCAUAUUGGAAUUGCCUUCCAAAGUGUGUAAGAAUAUUGGAGAGGAUGGCAAGAAACCAAGAUAUUCCCCAAGAAUACACCUACUAUGGAAUUCCAUCUCCUUGGCUUCAGGUUAAGGCAAUGAGAGCUCUUCAGUACUUCCCUACCAUUGAAGAUCCUAGUGCAAGGCGAGCUUUGUUUGAGGUUUUACAGCGUAUUUUGAUGGGUACUGAUGUUGUUAAGAACGUCAACAAGAAUAAUGCCUCACAUGCUGUCCUCUUUGAAGCUCUUGCUCUGGUAAUGCAUCUUGAUGCUGAAAAGGAGAUGAUGUCCCAAUGCGUGGCUCUUCUCGGCAAGUUUAUUGCUGUCAGGGAGCCCAAUAUUAGGUAUCUUGGUCUGGAGAACAUGAGUAGAAUGCUGUUAGUAACAGAUGUACAGGAUAUAAUAAAAAGGCACCAGGCUCAGAUCAUUACGUCUUUGAAGGAUCCAGAUAUCAGCAUUAGAAGGCGGGCUCUUGAUUUGCUGUAUGGCAUGUGUGAUGUUACAAAUGCAAAGGAAAUUGUUGAGGAGUUGUUGCAGUAUCUUAACACAGCUGAAUUUGCAAUGCGUGAAGAGCUGGCUCUGAAGGCAGCCAUUCUUGCAGAGAAGUUUGCUCCAAAUCUUUCAUGGUAUGUUGAUGUUAUACUUCAGUUGAUAGACAAAGCAGGAGAUUUUGUAAGUGAUGAUAUAUGGUAUCGAGUGGUACAGUUUGUCACCAACAAUGAGGAUCUUCAGGCAUAUGCUGCAGCUAAGGCAAGGGAAUACCUUGACAAGCCUGCUUUGCAUGAGACCAUGGUCAAGGUCAGUGCUUACCUUCUUGGAGAGUAUGGCCACCUUUUGGCCCAAAGACCUGGUUGUAGCCCCAAGGAGUUGUUUACCAUUAUAAAUGACAGGCUCCCAACAGUAUCGUCAAGUACUGUUGCCAUUAUUAUCUCAGCCUAUGCCAAGAUACUUAUGCACACUCAGCCUCCUGAUGCGGGACUGCAGCAACAAAUCCUGACAAUAUUUAAAAAGUACCAAUUUACUCGUUCUGCUUUGAUGACGUGCCACCUUUUGUAUGUCUGUGAAGUUUUUUUUACGCUUACAUUACAUUUCAGGCAUGAGAGUUAUAUUGAUGUUGAAAUUCAGCAGAGAGCAGUUGAAUAUUUUGAACUAAGCAGAAAGGGUCCUGCUUUGGCUGAUGUAUUGGCUGAAAUGCCAAAAUUUCCUGAACGUGAGUCUGCUCUGUUGAAAAAGGCUGAAGAUGCUGAAGUUGACACAGCAGAGCAGAGUGCCAUAAAACUGCGAAGUCAGCAACAAUCAUCCAGUGCUCUUGUUGUAGCUGCUCAGCCCCCUGUAAACGGACCAGCACCAGCUGCUAAUCAUCUCACUCUUGUGAAGAUGCCAAGUCAAAAUAUUGCUGAUGAGAGCAAUGUCAGUCAUGACAGUCAUGAAGAAACCGCAGUAGAAGCUCCUAAAGAAAAUGGUGCUCCCGUCGAAGUUCAGAGAAAUGUCGAGAUCAUCCCUGAGACCGCUCCUGUUAGUAAAGUUGAGCCUCCUGCAUCUCAUCCUGCUUCUCAAGCAGACCUCCUUGCAGACCUUUUGGGCCCGCUUGCAAUAGAGGGUCCUCCUGCUGCUGUAGAGCAAAUUCCUGCUCAAGGCUUGGAGGCUAAUCAAAGUCCAGUAGGUGACUUGGCACUAGCUACCCUUGAGGACCAGUCCAACUCUGUUCAGCCAAUUGUCAAUGUUGAGGAGAAGUUCAAUGUAUUGUGCACGAAAGAUAGUGGAGUUCUGUAUGAGGAUCCUAACAUCCAGAUUGGUUUGAAAGCAGAGUGGCGGGCCCAUCAUGGUCGUCUUAUUCUUUUCCUGGGGAAUAAAAACACUUCGCCUCUUAUGUCAUUGCGGGCUCUGAUUUUGCCUCCUAGCCAUUUCAAAGUGGAGCUCUCGUCAGUUCCUGAUACUAUUCCUCCUAGAGCACAGGUGCAAAUCCCAGUCGAGGUUACAAAUCUCCGCGCGAGUAGAGAUGUUGCUGUUCUUGAUUUCUCAUAUAAACAUGGAGCAACACUGGUGAACGCUAAACUUCGGCUCCCUAUUGUAUUGCAUAAAUUCUUGCAACCUAUAACACUUUCCCCUGAAGAUUUUUUCGCCCAUUGGAAAACAUGGAAUGUUCAGUCACUCAAGGUUCAGGAAGUGGUUAGAGGUGUAAAACCAUUACCUAUUCCUGAGAUGGCUAGUCUUCUCCUGAGCCUUCAUCUGGCAGUUACUCCUGGACUUGAUACCAACCCCAACAACAUGGUGGCGUGCGCUACAUUCUUUUCGGAAACAACCAAUGCCGCGCUUUGCUUGGUGAGAGUUGAGACAGAUCCCCAAGACAGGACCCAACUCCGGCUAACAGUGGCAUCAGGAGAUCAAAAUCUGACAUUCGAGUUGAAGGAGUACAUCAAGGAACAUUUGAUCGACAUCCCGAGGGCUCGAGUGACCUCCCCUCCUGCACCGCAACAAGCGCAGGUGGCUCCAGCAGCAACAGCCCCCGCGACAUAUAACGACCCUGGUGCCAUGCUAGCUGGGUUGCUAUGAAACCAGACGAUAUUGAAACAAACAAGUAGCAUCGACGUGCAUUGCAGUAGUUUGAUGGUCUGAGGAUCUAAUUAACACCGCCAGUCCAGUCCAGUCCAGAAGCUUGUAUCUUGCUGCUGCCAUGAAGACGACGAAGCGUGCUGAUAAGGACUGGGCAGGAAGAGCUGGCGGAGGGCAGAGAUAGUAGCGGCGAGGGCUGCGUCGAUGGAUCGAUGAUAAUCGGUGGUUUUCCAUUAGCGUGUAAUCGUUGUUGUCGUGUUCCUUGGCUUGAGAUGUAUACUAUUACAACUAUAGUACGUACCUCGGAAUCCCUGCUAGGGGUGUGGUGGUGUUGGUGGUGGUGGUGAGGUUUGACGACAUAUGUAGCAUUUUGUGCUUGUGGGUGUGUGUUUAUAUCGAGAAGAAAAAAGAAGGUUGCUAGGAAUCUUUAA